UCUCUGGGGCAAGCCCUCAUUCCCUGGGGCUCCGCCCCCGCGCAGCUCUGGGCGAUCCCGCUUCGCCCGCCCCGCCGGCGUGAGGUGGUUCAAGGGACACGGCACUUGGCCCAGAAGGCCUCGGAGGGGGGGUCAGGGAGCGGGGAACUGAGGACUGCUGAAGAAGGCCUCCCGGGCUGCACGCCAGGUGAAGAAACGCUAGAGAGGAUGCCACCUGCUGGUGAGGGGCCCCGGCUCGCACGGUGGGCGCCACGGAGACCCGGAGCCUGGAUGUGCACAGAAGAAUUCGGGCAGCUUCCCAAGUGACUGGUUUUCGGCUGUCUCUUUAGGGCCGCCAGCUCCUCAGACCGAGCCCACGGCCCCGGACCCCCGGGCAGCGCGCUCCGGACGCCCAGGGACGCCCAGGUUUCCCACCCGGGGCGGCCGGCGUCCUUGGCCCCUCCCCUCGCGCGGCGCUCCAGGUCUGAGACUCCAGCUCAUCUCCAUCAGGUGGAGCCGUCAGCUCCUCGCCGCCUCCCUCCUCCCCUCCCGCCUCGCCAGAGAACUGCACGCCGGCACCUCGCAGCGCCAGGAGGUUAACCGAGCCCCCGGAGGAGCUUCAGUGAAAGGAGCCCUUCUGUCACUCGUCACUCGCUCCCUGGCUCGCUCGCGCGCUGGCUGUGGGAGGAGCCGCCGGAGGAAGCCGUGUGCCUGGGAUGCCGAGCGCCAGAGGAUGGAUCUGCUCCGAGAGGGGACGUCGCUGACGAUCCCGGCUUCCCGAGGCGGCUAGAGACAGGCAACUUGCCUCGGCUGGCUGCGGAUCCCGCGAGGCACGGAGCCCGAGGCCACCCGGAGGGACCGACGGACAGACCGAUGGUCGGCGCGGAGCCGGGAGGACCGCGGCGGAGGCUGAGCAGCGCGAGCCGCCGGGCGGGAGAAACUCGCCGCGAACCCAAGUUGCCCCGCCGGCUUCCCCUCGCCGCGCGGAGGAAUGAGACCUUUCCAGCUCGACCUGCUCUUCGUCUGCUUCUUCCUUUUCAGUCAAGAGCUGGGCCUCCAGAAGAGAGGAUGCUGUCUGGUGCUGGGCUACAUGGCCAAGGACAAGUUUCGGAGAAUGAAUGAAGGUCAAGUGUACUCCUUCAGCCAGCAGCCCCAGGACCAGGCCGUGGUGUCGGGGCAGCCGGUGACCCUGCUGUGCGCCAUCCCCGAAUAUGAUGGCUUCGUUCUGUGGAUCAAAGACGGCUUGGCUCUGGGCGUGGGCAGGGACCUCUCAAGUUACCCACAGUACCUGGUGGUAGGGAACCACCUGUCCGGGGAACAUCACCUAAAGAUCCUGCGGGCUGAGCUGCAAGACGAUGCCGUGUACGAGUGCCAGGCCAUCCAGGCCGCCAUCCGGUCCCGCCCCGCACGCCUCACCGUCCUAGUGCCGCCCGAUGAUCCUGUCAUCCUCGGGGGGCCCGUGAUCAGCCUGCGGGCCGGGGACCCCCUCAACCUCACCUGCCACGCAGACAACGCCAAGCCUGCAGCCUCCAUCAUCUGGUUGCGGAAGGGAGAGGUCAUCAACGGGGCCACCUACUCCAAGACCCUACUUCGAGACGGCAAGCGUGAGAGCAUCGUGAGCACCCUCUUCAUCUCCCCCGGCGACGUGGAGAACGGGCAGAGCAUCGUGUGCCGAGCCACCAACAAAGCCAUCCCCGGAGGGAAAGAGACCUCGGUCACCAUCGACAUCCAGCACCCCCCGCUUGUCAACCUGUCGGUGGAGCCACAGCCAGUGCUGGAGGACAACGUCGUCACGUUUCACUGCUCCGCAAAGGCCAACCCAGCUGUCACCCAGUACAGGUGGGCCAAGCGGGGCCAGAUCAUCAAGGAGGCCUCGGGGGAGGUGUACCGGACCACCGUGGACUACACGUACUUCUCAGAGCCCGUCUCCUGCGAGGUGACCAACGCCCUGGGCAGCACCAACAUCAGCCGCACAGUCGACGUCUACUUCGGCCCCAGGAUGACCACGGAGCCCCAGUCCCUGCUCGUGGAUCUGGGCUCUGACGCCGUCUUCAGCUGCGCCUGGACAGGCAACCCGUCCCUGACCAUCGUCUGGAUGAAGCGGGGCUCUGGCGUGGUCCUGAGCAAUGAGAAGACCCUGACCCUCAAAACCGUCCGCCAGGAGGAUGCAGGGAAGUACGUGUGUCGAGCCGUGGUGCCCCGGGUGGGGGCCGGGGAGCGAGAGGUGACCCUGACUGUCAAUGGACCCCCCAUCAUCUCCAGCACGCAGACCCAGCAUGCCCUGCACGGGGAGAAGGGCCAGAUCAAGUGCUUCAUCCGGAGCACGCCGCCACCCGACCGCAUUGCCUGGUCCUGGAAGGAGAACGUGCUGGAGUCGGGGACGUCUGGGCGCUACACGGUGGAGACGGUCAGCACCGAGGAGGGCGUCAUCUCCACGCUGACCAUCAGCAACAUUGUGCGGGCUGACUUCCAAACCAUCUACAACUGCACCGCCUGGAACAGCUUUGGCUCCGACACGGAGAUCAUCAGGCUCAAGGAGCAAGGUUCGGAAAUGAAGUCGGGAGCCGGGCUGGAAGCAGAGUCUGUGCCGAUGGCCGUCAUCAUCGGGGUGGCUGUAGGAGCCGGCGUGGCCUUCCUCGUCCUUCUGGCAACCAUCGUGGCCUUCUGCUGUGCCCGCUCCCAGAGAAAUCUCAAAGGUGUUGUGUCAGCCAAGAAUGAUAUCCGAGUCGAGAUUGUCCACAAGGAGCCUGCCUCUGGCCGGGAGGCUGAGGAACACCCCACCAUCAAGCAGCUGAUGAUGGACCGGGGUGAAUUCCAACAAGACUCAGUCCUGAAGCAGCUGGAGGUGCUCAAGGAAGAGGAGAAGGAGUUUCAGAACCUGAAGGACCCCACCAACGGCUACUACAGCGUCAACACCUUCAAGGAGCAUCACUCGACCCCCACCAUCUCGCUGUCCAGCUGCCAGCCGGACCUGCGGCCCGCGGGCAAGCAGCGCGUGCCCACGGGCAUGUCCUUCACCAACAUCUACAGCACGCUGAGCGGCCAGGGCCGCCUCUACGACUACGGGCAGAGGUUCGUGCUGGGCGUGGGCAGCUCGUCCAUCGAGCUCUGCGAGCGGGAGUUCCAGCGGGGCUCCCUGAGCGACAGCAGCUCCUUCCUGGACACGCAGUGCGACAGCAGCGUCAGCAGCAGCGGCAAGCAGGACGGCUACGUGCAGUUCGACAAGGCGAGCAAGGCCUCGGCCUCCUCCUCCCACCACUCCCAGUCCUCCUCCCAGAACUCCGACCCCAGCCGGCCCCUGCAGCGGCGGAUGCAGACUCACGUCUGAGGCCGCCGGACCGUGGGCGGGGAGGCCCGCGGGGGCCGCAGCCGUGCUGGCUCUGCAGACACGGUGGGUCCUCGGCAGAGGACCCCACAACCAGCCGCCUCCAGGACAGCUCCGAGGGCCUCGACCACCACCCUCCUCCGCA